AAAACACAUAUCCACCAAUCACAACUCAACACCUUUGACCCUUUUUCGCUCUCCCUUCUCUGCUCAUUUCUGUUUCAUAGAUCUUCCACUGCUGCUGCUACUAAUAAGGAGCUGGCUUAUUUGUAUUCAUUUUCUUUUACCCUUUUGCUUUUGUUGGGUUUUUGGCCUUUAUCUCAAAGGGAACAAAAGCUUUGGCAAAGCAUAAAUUGCUUGCCACUUCCUCCACUUGAAUCCUCUGUUUUUCUCAAUUGUGUUUUACUUUUUCGUCUUCCUUUUCUUUUGUAUAGAAAAGCAUAUGCCUUGAAUUGAAUCUUACUUUGAUAGCUUCAAAUUUGUGGCUUAAUUUUGUUUGUUUUCUGAAAUUUGAUAUCUAUUUCAGGGUUUUUGAUAAAUUAUUGAACUUUAAUCUAGGGUUUUUUUUUAUCAUUUAAAGUAGAUUUUCAAGAUCUGUUUUCUUUUUUCUUUUUUUAUUUUUUUGGGUUAUUGCUCCUUGAAUUCUCCUUGGAUUUUGGAAAGUUGGGACUUUUUCAGAUUCCUUGGUUUGUGCUCAUGUAAAAAAAGUUACUCAGAUUCUAUUCAAAUGCUUGUUGAUUUAAUGACUUUCUGGUCAUAAAAUUCUCCACUUCUCUCUGUUGCAUUUGCUAUUUGUAAUUUUCUCUCUCUUUCCAUUCAAAGAGAUAGGGAGAUAUUGCAUCCUUCAUUUCUUUCUUCCUUGUGUAAAUUAUAUAUAUAUAUGCUAUUUGAUUUUAUUAUUGUACAGUUCAAUAACUAUGAAUCGGGGAAUUGAAAUCCUCUCUCCAGCUUCUUAUCUUCAGAAUUCUAACUGGUUGUUUCAAGAAACCAAGGGAACCAAAUGGACCCCUGAAGAGAACAAGCAGUUUGAGAAUGCUCUGGCUUUAUACGAUAAGGAUGAUCCUGAUCGAUGGCAGAAGGUUGCAGCCAUGAUCCCAGGCAAGACUGUUGGUGAUGUAAUCAAACAGUACAGGGAAUUGGAGGAAGAUGUCAGUGAUAUUGAAGCAGGCCUCAUCCCAAUUCCAGGCUACAGCACCAGUGAUGCUUCUUUUACUCUUGAGUGGGUCAAUAAUAAUCAACCAUACGAUGGCUUCAAGCAUUAUUAUACUCCUGGCGGCAAGAGAACCACCGUGGCCAGGUCUUCUGAGCAGGAAAGGAAGAAAGGUGUGCCGUGGACCGAGGAGGAGCAUAGGCAGUUUCUGAUGGGUCUUCAAAAGUAUGGUAAAGGGGACUGGAGAAAUAUUUCUCGCAAUUUUGUGACCACUAGAACACCAACUCAAGUGGCUAGCCAUGCUCAGAAGUACUUUAUCAGGCAGAGCACAGGAGGGAAGGAUAAGAGGAGAUCAAGCAUCCAUGAUAUCACUACUGUCAAUCUUCCAGACACCAAGUCUCUUUCAUCUGAUGAGAAGAAAUCAUCUCCAGAUCAUUCUUCCACAAGUCUACAAUCACAGCCACAACAAAAAAUGGCUGCCAUGGCCAAAGGAUUUGUAGAUCACAAACCACAAAAUGAAGGGGGAGGAGCAGCUGGUGUUUUCAGUCAAGCAAAUGGAAAUUUGUUGAUGGCCCCUUUUUGUGGGAUAUCCUCAUAUGGGCAAAAACUACAGGAGCAAAAUCUGCUUGGAGGAACUCUUCCAGGAUACCAGUUUUCACCUUACAAUUUGAAUUUGAUUUUUCAGAUGCAACCGACACAACGUCAGUAAACCAACCUCGGAGGAUCUAGAGUUGUCAAGCUUGAACUUGAGAAGAAUGUAUGAAAAUUGCCAUUCAUUUGCGUAAUAUUUAAUCUUGAGGGUGAAAAGAGUCUAGACUAGAUGGUACUUUUUUCAAUUAUUGAGUCACCAGCAUCAAGUACAUGCAGCUACCUAGUCCACAUUCUCAAACUAAUACAAGUGUCAGUACAAAUGCAGAGUGGGAUUUAAUAAUUUUCUGAUGUAUUUCAUUGAAUCAAUGGUUGUACUUUUUGACAGAAAAAUUUCUGAAUGUAACAUAUAAUAUUUUCAUCCUCAUGACAUCCCCAUUUUACUCGAGUUGAAGCAGCUGAAUUGAAUAAUCAACUAUAUUGUCAGAUCCUUAGCUAUAAAGGCUUCCCCUUUCUCCCCCUAAUGACAUAAUUUAAUCUCACUUUUUAGUUAUUUAUUUUGAACAAAUCUUACUUUUUAUUUGUAUUGUGCCAUAUCAAACACAUGGGUUAGCAUUAUAUUUGCUUAUUGACUGAAUUUGACAGUGGAAUCUUGACUGAAGCUUGAGAAUAAGGUCCGCUAGUUCAAGCAUCUUAUGCUUAAUAAUGUCUCUCUUCUUUUCUCUUUGUUCUGUUUUAAGAGGAUAUCAAUAUUCUUUUUCCUUUUUUGUUGUUUAAUUUAAGAUUGCAAGGUGUGGUGGAAGAUGAUCCCUCAAGAUGUUUUAAUGAUUAAGUAAAUCAAACAAUUAGCAUAACUGUAGUUUUAAGAUAGUCUUUCAAAACCAAUGUCAAUUUUUCCAAAGACUUUCAUUUCUUCGAACAUUUCGGACUGCGGAUUAGUAGAAUUAUGGAUUUAUGAUUCUUUAGAGUAUGAAUUUUGAUGCAACUAUACUCUCCUUAAGACUUUUUCAUUCAAAGAGAAUCUAACUAUUUCCUAGCCAGAGCUGGGAUUUCAAAGCUCUUUGUUAAAUCAAAUACCAGAUUAUACAAAUUUACCCAAUGCCCCCUUAAAAAAAGGCUCAAAGAUUCUCCUAUUUCUGUUGCUGACAUUUUGUCACCUUUAAUUUUCGUUAAAGUUGUUCAUAGCUGGAAUCUGCCCUCUAUUUAUGUGAGUAGCAGAAUAUGUGAUAUACAGUAACUAAAAGGAUUUAUAUUUGAUUUCCCAUAUGAAAUCAAAAACUUUUUGACCCUUUUGAGAAAAGGAAAAUUAUGCUGAUUUUUGUUUAGGUUUUCUUUUUGAGGCAUUUACUGCCAUUCUCUAUUAUUCGGAUUUGAUGCAGUUUCACCUAAUUGUAUUGCUCAGAGAAUUAUCAGAAACGCAUAAUGUCAGUUCACAACCAACAGAUGAAAAGAUGAAAAUUUUUUUCAUUUUGCUUCUUUAUAAUUUUUUAAAACUCUUUGUUUUUGCUUUUGUCGGCUUCUUAUUGUGGUUGUUGCUGCUGCUGCUGCUAAUAGUUGUCAAUAACAUCCUUGUUGUUUAUGCAAUAUUCAUGAAAAGCCUAGUGCCCCAUUACAUUGCUUGCACAUAAUAUUCAUGGUCCCCCCACUAGACAAACAAUUCAAGGCAAUAUAAAAAAGUCAUUGAGACUUUUUCUUUUGAUAAAUGACAAAACUGUCCAACUUUUCUUUACAAAAAGUAACAACUUUUCUGCAACUUGCAUAAGGGAGCACUAUGGAUACUUUUGUUCUGGUUUUUGUCAUCCCUGCCCCUAGUUUUCAUUAUAAACCACACAGCCAAACUCUACAGAUGUCUCUCAAACACUACAUAGCCUUCUCUGUUUGUUUAUCAAUCAAAUUUAUUUCCUGUGGAAAUACAAUUAAAGUCAUAGAAAUCAGCAGUGUUUCUAGACAUGCUAAUCAGUUUGCAGAUGUGAUAGCCAAGCUUAGACUUUGAGGAUUACCACCAUUAGAUUGGGCAUCUAUAUCAGUUAUCGGAGUCACUGAACUUGUUGUAGAAUAUUUGCUGCUACUAGCAGCC